UUCUUAUCAAUAAGUUUAAGUAAUAAGACUAUGAUAAUAUGUAAAAUAUGCAUAGAAUAUGUUUGAUAAAUGAUUGUAUAUACUAUCUACGUAGAUGAUUAAAUAUUUCUUAUGUGAUAAAACGUGAACACGACCAAGUCUUCGAUUUAGUAUUGAGUGAGUUUGUCCACGAAUUGUUAGAUAUUUUCAUAACCAUGCUUAAGGGACUUGUUGGGUUAGUGACUGGCGGAGCAUCCGGCUUAGGCAGAGCUACUGCGGAAAUGAUAGUAAAGCAAGGUGGACGAGUUGUUAUUUGUGACCUGCCUUCCAGCUCGGGACAGGAAACAGCAAAACAACUUGGGGAAAAUGCAGCAUUUGCACCACUCAAUGUUACAUCAAAAGAAGAUGUCCAAAAUGCUUUGCAGACAACCAUGGAUAAAUUUGGUCGCCUCGAUGUGGCUGUCAAUUGCGCUGGAGUUGCUUCUGCAGCUAGAGUUUAUAAUUUUAAAAAAGAUCAACCCUUUGAUCUCAAACUAUUCCAGCAAACUAUUGAGGUUAAUUUGAUAGGCACUUUUAACGUAAUCCGUUUGGCAGCUGGUAUGAUUGGUAAGAAUGCAGCAGAUGCAAAUGGACAAAGGGGAGUUAUAAUAAAUACGGCUAGUGUAGCAGCAUUUGAUGGACAGAUUGGGCAGGCGGCUUACGCAGCAUCAAAGGCAGGUGUAGUGGGAAUGACAUUACCAAUAGCUAGAGAUCUCGCUAAGCAGGGCAUUAGAGUUGUGACUAUUGCACCAGGUUUAUUUCGCACACCCAUGAUGGAUCAGUUACCAGAGUCUGCUAUUAAGCAGUUAGAAGCCUCAGUGCCUUUCCCGCCUCGUCUUGGACAUCCUAAUGAAUAUGCCUUACUGGUACAAAGUAUUAUACAAAAUCCAAUGAUCAACGGUGAAACAAUAAGAUUGGAUGGUUCUUUGAGAAUGCAACCUUAAAAUAUUUAAAAUUUGAAUGUUUUAUAAAAAAAAUCAUUGUUUAUUUUAUAUGUA